CUCCCAGGGCCUGGUGUGUGUACUGUGUCCCUCAUAGGCUUCCUUACAAGACAUGUGACACAGAAGGUCAAAGAUGGCAGCCUGCACGAAAUGGCUCGAUAAAUGUGUAUUUUCAUCAAGGUUGUUACGAAAUGUUCGGCUACAACAUGAACGGUUCUUGUCCACGUCUGUGUGUCGUCUGGCGGCUGGAAAUGCCAGCCAGCAGCCACCGAAAUUCACCCCUCCGCCAAAGCCUGUCAUCAUCGACAAAACGCAGACGGUGGCUGCGCUGCGAAAGUUCCUGAGCCCAGAGUUCAUCCCACCUCGUCAAAGGACAAACCGGCUGAAGUUUUACAUGGAGAGGAAAGACAUGGCCCGCAGGAGGAGCGUGGUGAACAUUCCUGAAUUCUACGUGGGGAGCAUACUUGCCGUGACCAUGUCUGAUCCUAAUGCCAGUGGCAAAACAAACCGCUUUGUUGGUAUAUGCAUCCAAAGGGGCGGAAAGGGUCUUGGAGCUACAUUUGUCCUGAGGAACAUCAUUAAUAAUCAAGGUGUGGAGCUCUGCUAUGAGAUGUAUAACCCGCGCAUUCAGGAGAUCCAGGUGUUGAAGCUGGAGAAGCGGCUGGAUGACAACCUGAUGUACCUGAGGGACGCCUUGCCUCAGUACAGCACCGUGGACCCGGACAUGAAGCCGACUCCUUACUCCCCAGCUGGAGAAGUACCUGUUAACAUGCUCAAAGUGAAGAUGCGUCCAAGGCCGUGGUCCAAACGCUGGGAGCGGCCCAAGUACAACGUCCAGGGCAUACGCUUUGAUCUGUGCAUGUCCCCGGCGAGGAUGGAGAACGCUCAGAAGUGGGCGAUGCCUUGGGUGGAGUAUGACAUGUUGAAGGAGUACGACACCUCCAAGGCGGAGGAGCAGAUUUACAGCGAGGUCCAGCAGGAGAUGAGCAAGUUGAAAGCAGCCUGAGAUGCCAAAAUGCCCCUGCUGGAGACAAAUGACUUAAUGGUCUGACGUUGGCUGAGCUGGACUGGGGUCAGUUUUUCAUUUCUGUUGGUGGUUUCACUGCAGUAAUUACCGCUCAGUGUCGGUGUAUUUGCUGUACAAUAAAUGCUACUUCACAUUCUA